AUGGUCUCCUUCCAGUGUGAGGGAUGCGGAGACACGCUGACCAAGAAGAAACUCGACGGCCACCGCAACCAAUGUCGGGGGGCAAUGUUUACGUGCAUCGACUGCAUGACGACUUUUCAAGGCACGAGUUAUAGGGCGCAUACGUCGUGCAUUUCCGAAGACCAAAAGUACCAGGGCGCAUUGUACCGCGAAAAGCCCUCGAAAGCGGCCAAAAGAAAAUCAGUGUCGAUUGUCGAGCCCGACCAGAGCAAGGCGUUGGUCCCGCGCACAGCAUACGUUGAAGACGCGCCCGAUGUCGAGACCCCUCCCCAUGUUCCUACCCCUCCACCAGCAGUGCCGGACUCAAAUGGCGACAGCGUCUUCGACUACAUGGUGGAUAGCAGUACGGCAGGAACACCACAGAUCAGCUUCGCGAGAGACAAGGGCGAAAUGUCGAUGAAAAGCAGCGCGCCCUCGAUCUUCACCAACAGUCGGCCUUCGAGUCAGAAUGGUCAUAGAGACGAAGCGGGCCUUCACAGUCAAGAGUACGAGGAGCACGGAUACACAUGGGGAGCAGAGCCGGUCAAGCCGCGCGGAGCGUUGAACAUGAACGGCAGUGCUCUGUCACUGGAAUUCAUGACUCCUGCCGCCAAACAAACAAAGACACGACUGGACAAGGAUCGGCCUCGAGCACACAGCCGGACUGAGAGUGGCGAGAAGAAACGCAAGCGGGCAACAGACGACCAACACCACGACUUGGAUCGAGAUACUCUGGUCGUGGACACUUCCAGAACAGAUACUCCUGGGAUCGUGCACUCUGGACUCACGGGCGGUUUGAGUCGCAUGAUCACCGAGGACGAAUAUCCAUUCCAUCGAGAGUCAGAUACGGUCGACAGGAGGUCAGCGGUGGAGAAGGACCGCCACAGUCGACGCGCUCACAAGCCGGAAGACCCCACGUCGCCCUUGAAGCGCACUCGACAUACCAAAGAAGACACGAACGGCCUAGGUAUCUCGAUCAAAGGACGAGCUGUCAAGGCGCUCUCUAUGGUCGGCGGUGCGCUGCUUCCCGGAAGCCAAUUCGAGGCUCAACAAGCCAACACUCGUGUACGGCGAAGAGCAAGCUCUUCGGAUCACGGUCAAAGCCUGACCCGAGUCCGUGAGGGAGAGAAGCGUGAGAGGAAGAAACACAAGGUUCAUCGGCACAAUGGCACAGCGUCCGCGAACAUUCGCCACGAGCACCGAUCUCGGCGCCGCGGGAACAGUGAUGAUUCGUCACCGAAUGAAGCCACCACGAGGAAACUCAAGGCCAUUGAGUAUCGCAGACACGAUGACUCAGCUUCAGACUCAGAGGACGGCGGCAGGCGGCGAGGCAGCGACAAAGCUAUGGUCGUUUUUGGUGAAGAGCAGAGGAUGAGGCAUUCCUGUCAGGAUUUCCUUGCCAAUGCUCCGGGCUUGGAGUCGGACAAGGGCUACUCGAUCCAUAAGAUGCUCAAACGGUGGCACAAACAGAACGAUGUGAGGAGCGGAUCCGCCAAAGCAGAUGAGGAAAGUGAGUUGUGGAGGGCGUUACGCAUCAAGAGAAACGAAAAGGGCGAGUAUGUUCUCGUGUUCUGA